AUGACUGAAAGCCAAUUAAAAUCUACAUUUAGUAAUAUGAAACAUCUAAUUGGAAGUUUACUAGUAAAGGAAACAUUGUUGAAAAGCUCCAAAUUCCUUGCUGGCUUGAAAUCUAUAGAGUGUGGCGGUUUGAACCGUGUUAGAAAAACGAUCGCGGACAAUUUGGUUCCGCAAGUUGAAUGGAUUGGUAAUGCAAAUCUACAGGAGCUCGGACUUUUAAACCUAACUUCCCUAAAUUGCUUUUCUAUGGAAAUUUCUAGUAGUCGGAAAAUGGAAACCUUGAGCUUACCUAAUUUGAAGAAUUUCUCAGUUCCUAACUCGAUCGAUGAAAAAGUUGGUAUUCGGAUCGCACCUUCCAGUUCAAAUUUCUGCAUUUCAACAGAAGAAAUGUUGAAUUUAAUUGAAAAUGAGAAAUCGUUAAUCCAAGAAAUUGAUGCAAAAUACUGCAGCCCGCCGAGUCCUGUACCACAUGGAAAGUGGUGUAAUUCAACAGUCACCACUUUGUUAAUAAAGGAAGGAUGUACUCAAAUAUUUGGAAAUUUGGUAAUAGAUCCUGAAAAUGAGCAUCUUGUGAGCCAACUGAAGAUGGUGGAAGUGAUAUUCGGAGGAUUAAUUAUCAGAGGCACAAAUUUGACGAAAAUCGAUUUUUUUGGCAGUCUCAAAUAUAUUUGGGUUUUAGAUAAAACCACAUCAGCUAUUCUUGUUGAGAACAACCCGAAUUUGGUAGAUUUUUCAUUUCCCGAAUUAAAGAUUGCAAAAUCCAAGGCACUACCGAUUAUCGUGUUCGAGAACAACAAUAACGCAUUGGCCUCCGAUUCCAAGUACUGCUACCGAUUUCAAAAUGUUGUGAAUGUUACAGGCCAUAGGCAGAUGUUUUUUGAUGGGAAAAGUUGUGGUUAG